GUUGUAAGUACCUCGAGACUGGAGGUCUUUGGAGGCUUUGGAUGCUGCAUUCUCUAUCUCUGCCUGUAACUUAAUUGGGUAUUAUCACUGCUGUAUUAGAGAUCGACAGUUUAGCAAGCCAAGAUGUUCAACUCAAGGAUACUUGCACUAAAUCAAAAGAAAAUAUCCAGCAUGCAAGUUAAUAAUAUGUAUUUCUCUAAAAUAAAAGCAAGUUUAAAAAGAUUGAAAUUACAAGUACCUCUUAGAAGAAAUUACAGUUCCUUACCAGGAAAUGAUACUAAAUCUCUUCAUUCUAUCAUCAGUCCUCCUAUAAAUAAAAUCCGUAAUAUUGGAAUUAUGGCUCAUAUUGAUGCAGGCAAAACUACCACCACGGAAAGAAUAUUGUACUAUUCAGGAUACACAAGAUCACUGGGAGAUGUUGAUGAUGGAGACACAGUAACAGAUUUCAUGGCUCAAGAAAGAGAAAGGGGUAUUACAAUUCAGUCAGCAGCUGUUACAUUUGAUUGGAAGGGGUAUAGAGUCAACUUAAUUGAUACACCAGGUCAUGUGGACUUUACGUUGGAGGUUGAGCGUUGCCUAAGAGUGUUAGAUGGUGCUGUGGCUGUAUUUGAUGCCUCCGCUGGUGUAGAGGCACAAACUCUCACUGUUUGGAGGCAAGCUGAUAAACACAGAAUACCGCGAAUCUGUUUUUUAAACAAGAUGGAUAAAACUGGAGCAAGUUUUAACUAUGCAGUUGAAAGCAUCAGAGAGAAGUUGAAAGCAAAACCCUUGCUUUUACAGUUGCCAAUUGGUGAAGCCAAAACUUUCAAAGGAGUGGUGGAUGUAAUACGUAAAGAAAAGCUUCUUUGGAAUCCCAGUUCAGCGGAUGGAAAAGACUUUGAGAGAAAACCCCUCUUGGAAGGGAGUGACCCUAAACUGCUAAAGGAGACAACUGAAGCAAGGAAUGCCUUAAUUGAGCAAGUUGCAGAUUUAGAUGAUGAAUUUGCCGAUUUAGUUCUAGGAGAGUUUAGUGAAAAUUUUGAUUUGCUGCCAGCUGAAAAGCUGCAGACUGCAAUACACAGAGUAACUCUGGCUCAGACAGCAGUGCCUGUGCUUUGUGGAAGUGCCCUGAAAAACAAAGGUAUUCAGCCCUUGUUAGAUGCUAUUACUAUAUAUUUGCCUUCACCCGAAGAGCGCAACUAUGACUUUCUGCCGUGGUAUAAGGGUGACUUAUGUGCUUUGGCAUUUAAAGUUCUCCAUGAUAAACAGCGAGGACCACUGGUGUUUCUGCGAAUUUAUUCGGGCACGAUAAAACCCCAAUUGGCAGUUCAUAAUAUUAAUGGAAACUGCACGGAGAGAAUAAGUCGCCUGCUUUUGCCUUUUGCUGACCAACAUAUAGAAAUCCCAUCUCUGACUACUGGUAACAUUGCUUUGACUGUUGGACUUAAAAAUACUGCUACCGGAGAUACCAUUGUUUCAUCCAAGUCCAGUGCGUUAGCUGCAGCUCGUCGAGCCGAAAGAGAUGGAGAAAAGAAGCAUAGACCAAACAGUGAGGUAGAGAGACUUGUAUUGGCUGGAGUGGAGAUUCCAGAACCUGUUUUCUUCUGUACCAUAGAACCCCCUUCAAUGGCUAAGCAGCCAGAUUUGGAUCAUGCAUUAAAAUGCCUUCAGCGUGAAGAUCCCAGUUUAAAAGUGAGACAAGAUCCUGACUCUGGACAAACUGUUCUUUGUGGAAUGGGAGAGUUACAUAUAGAGAUUAUUCAUGACCGAAUCAAGAGGGAAUAUGGACUGGAAACCUAUCUGGGGCCUCUCCAAGUGGCAUACCGAGAGACCAUCUUAAAUUCAGUUCAUGCCACAGAUACAUUAGAUAGAACCUUGGGAGACAAACGACAUUGUGUGACUAUAGAACUGGAAGCAAAACCAGUUGAAACUUCAUCUGCUGUGCCAAUUAUUGAGUAUGCUGAGAGUAUUAGUGGAGACCUUUUGCAGGUUUCUCAAGAGGCCAUUGAAAAUGGAAUCCAUAGUGCCUGCCUCCAAGGACCAUUGCUUGGCUCUCCAGUUCAAGAUAUGGCAAUUAUUUUACAUUCAUUGAUAAUCCAUCCUGGUACUUCCACCACUAUGAUAUCUGCUUGUGUCUCAAGAUGUGUACAUAAGGCUCUGAAAAAAGCUGACAAACAAAUUUUAGAGCCCCUGAUGAAGCUUGAGGUUACAGUAGCUGGAGAUUACCUCAGCCCUGUUCUGGCAGAUUUGGCACAGAGAAGAGGGAACAUUCAGGAAAUCCAGACACGACAGGACAACAAAGUUGUGACUGGAUUUGUUCCUUUAGCAGAAAUUAUGGGUUAUUCAACUGUGCUUCGGACACUUACCUCAGGCUCAGCUGCUUUUGCCUUAGAACUGUCUAAUUACCAGGCCAUGAAUCCUCAAGAGCAAAGUGCACUGCUCAACCAGAGAAGCGGCUUGAGCUAAUAUCUUAGUUCCUUGUGAAUGGAAAGAAAUUCAGGAGCGCCUACGUGUUACAUUUUGAGUAAGAAAAAAUUUUAUUGCUUUGUUGAUUAGACAAAGUUAUUACUAUUUGGUUCAUCCAAAGGACUGGAUAAAAAAAAUAUAACAACAUAACUUAAACAUUGAGAGUGGGAUUAUUUGUUCUAUUUUUUAUAGCAGUGUAAAAAUCAUUGUUCUGAAUUUAUUGUCUCUAUGGAAUUGAUAUUAUUGGUAAAUAAAGAUUCAAUCCCA